AUGGACAUGGUUACUUAUGUCCAGCGCAUACCCCGGGGCGGUGAGUCGUUGAUGGGUGAUGGCUUCGCUUCUUCCGUCGGUGGCAGGGGCGCCAACCAGGCGAUAGCGUGCUCUAAAAUUGCCCACGUCCAUCCGGGGCAUGCUCCUCUCGAGCGAGGGCCCUUGGCGCGAGUGGGCAUGGUGGGUGCGGUUGGAGACGACGUCUUUGGACAGCAAGUUAGGGCGACUCUCGAGUCACACAAUAUAGACUGCUCACACGUCAGGAAAAUCGAGGGCCAGAGCACGGGCGUCUCCAUCACCGUGGUGGAAGGGAAUGGGGAGAGCCGUGCGGUUGUGACGUUGAACGCGAACAAAAAGCUCACGCCAGAGCACAUCGGGGAUACGAUUCCCGGGAAUAAACCCGAUGUCGUCGUGCUCCAGCUUCAGCUUGAGCUCGCCACCGUGCUGCAUACCAUUGCCCUACCCGAGGAGGUCUACCAGGGCCUCGAUCACCUAAUCGUCAAUGAGACGGAGUGUAGGAUGCUCCUCGGCCACGCGAAUCCGGCGCGGGAGCUUACUCAAGAGGAUAUGCGGAAAGCCGGCUACUCCUUUGCGAAAAAGGGAGUGAGGAACGUCAUCAUCACGCUAGGACCAAGGGGUGCUUUCUACUUUAACCACCAGCACGAGUUCGGUUUCGUGCCCGCACACGCCUACGCGCUGGGCGUGGCUCGAAACAAGGACAACUUCAACAUCGCCUUCGCCAUCGAGGACGGGGCCCACGCCGCAGGCUGGACGGUUACGGCGGCGGGCGCGGCGUCUUCCAUACCGCACCUGGAUCGCUUGACUCUACCCAACCUACGAUUCGACCACUCGCGCCGCGAUGAGCUCCUGGCGGCGCUGCGCUCGGCCAAGGACAGCUUGGCGGUUGAUAGCGCGGCGGGGUCCGUCAUGUCGCUGGACAAGGGCCUCGAGGAGGACGAGGCGGACUCGCCGUCCAACAACGCUCUGAGCGACGACGAAUUGGACCCGGUGCCCGAGAAGAGGCCAAACACGAACGGUCACGCCGACGAGAGGCCCGCAAAACGGGCCACCCACCUCCGCUUCCCCCACGCGAACAACGCCGUCAUCCCCGUCGCGGCCUCGACCCGGUUCGCGACCUCGGGCGGCGAAAACGCCGUCAAUGUGCGCAGCAUCUACUUUGCCUGGCUGAACCGGGAGGUGGCCAUCCCCGAAUACAAUGCGUCGGCCGCCAAGCUCAACGCCGAGCUCGCGUCGGCCGGGGGCGAGGGCUCCGCCGUGCACAACCUCGCCUUUGUCGAGCGUCUCGACUUGAUCGCCUGGCUCGAGGGCGCGAGCGAGGAGAGCGAGUACAUUAAGCCGCUCGAGGGCGAUAGGGCUGGCGAUGCGGCGGCCAGGGCGCCGCCGCGGCCGCGACUGGGCUGA